AUGAACAAUGAUACCAAAUGUUCUAUAUCUAUCGCCAUAGAGAAUGGGACGAGAAAUGGAUUCAAGGACGCGUCCAAUAAUAUUGUGUCACCUGUACUAAAUCCACGAUUUGUUGCAUCUGAUUCAGAAUCUAGUGGUGGUGAAUCUGAAGAAGAUUCUUGUCCAGCGCCGCCCCCUAAAAUACUGCUACCAACAAUCUCAACACCUUCCAGCCGUGUCUUAUCUACCUCUUCAAGCCGUGUUCCGUCUGCCUCACCUACCUCUUCAAGCCGUGUUCCGUCUGCCCCACCUACCUCUUCAAGCUGUGUUCCGUCUGCUUCACCUACCUCGUCAAGCAAUGUUCCGUUAACCUCACCUAUCACGUUAAGCCGUGUUCCUUCAGCCUCACCUACCACGUCAAGCCGUGUUCCGUCAGCCUCACCUACCACGUCAAGCCGUGUUCCGUCAGCCUCAUCUACCCUGUCAAGCCGUGUUCAGUCUGCCUCACCUACCCUGUCAAGCCGUGUUCCAUCAGCUUCACCUACCCCGUCAAACCGUUUUCCGUCAGCCUCACCUACCCCAUCAAGCCGUGUUCCGUCAGCCUCACCUACCCCGUCAAGCCGUGUUCCGUCAGCCUCACCUACCCCGUCAAGCCGUGUUCCGUCAGCCUCACCUACCCCGUCAAGCUGUGUUCAGUCUGCCUCACCUACCCCGUCAAGCCGUGUUCCAUCAGCCUCACCUACCCCGUCAAGCCGUGUUCCGUCAGCCUCACCUACCCCGUCAAGUCGUGUUCAGUCUUCCCCAUCUACCCCACUAAGCAGUGCUCGGGGCAUACAUGGAAUUUCAGAGAGAGACAUCAGGAUCAUCCGGGGCAUGGAGGAGAUAAAAACUGAGCAGAAAGAAAUCAAAGCAAUGCUGGCAACAGUUUUGCAGCGCUUUGAUGUUGACCACAGGGAUUGUCAAGUCCCGGAGGGUAUAACACUGCCGUUAUACACGCUGGAAGAAGUGGAGAGAAAUGAAGGCAUGCUACAGGAUUCCACAGUUGACCAUCUAUCGAGUAUUGGGGGAUCCUCGGUGAAAGCCAUGUCUAAGCGGGUGAUGAAGGAUGUUAUGAAAAACAGUUUAGCAAAGGAAUACAAUUGGACAGGGGCAAGGACUAAACAAUCGUUUGACAGCCUAAAGUUAUCUUUGGCGAUUAUACGUGCUGUGAAACGAAACUUCCCCUCUAGUGAUAAUAGCGUGACGGAGUACUUCAUAAAAGACUGGCUGAAGAACGCUCGAGACCGAGAUGGAGGAAGACAGAAGAGGAUGAAGCACUCGGACACCAGCAUUCUUAUGCCAAACGUUCAGGAACAAUACGAUGAAUACUCCAACUAA